AUGCUUUUCAACGCACGAGAAGGAGCCUUCCCGGGCGCAUCAUGGGCAUGGAAGAAGAUUUUGCGGUUCGGCGUCGCAUUCCUGGUCAUCCUAGGGUUUGUGACCAUCCUAUGGCCUUCGGUUGAGACACCCGAUUUGCCCUUGACAGCCGUUUCCAACAUCACGAUCUCGUCCGACGUCAAAUGCGAAAUCGAUAACGAUCUGUUGUCCCGACUGGACGUCCUCAAACUCGCCAAAUAUACUCGCCGGGAAAUCGUGGUGGACAUGACGGAUGAGCACCUGCCCAUUACACAGAAACUCGAUGCGCCACUCAUGAUCGCAAACGGUGGCGAGGGCGCGCAGGACGGAUGCUCAAUGCCUACUCCAAUGGAAGUGAAGGUUCCUAGACCUCCGAAGUUGGCCAUUGCGUCCCAUAUCGAUUUCGGAGUGGCUACCAGUGUCGGCCGAUUGAACGAUUCUCUGAACGCCUUCCAGCACUGGGCUGGGUACACUCGAACUCGCAUCUUCGCCUUACUCGAACCCGAUGAGACAGGUGGUGAGGCUAUUCGCGAGCUCAAGACCAAGGCGGACGGCAUGGGAAUCAACCUCUUCAUCACCGAGUCGGAAGAUGACUAUCUUCGCCGAUACUUUGCCCUGAUCCCUCUACUGGAGGAGAAUGCCCGCGAAUCCACCCAGUGGGCUUGCAUCAUCGACGAUGAUACCUUCUUCCUCUCCAUGCCUAGGCUCGUAGACGCGAUGGCCAAAUACGACCAUACCACCCCCAUGUAUAUUGGUGGUUUGUCAGAGUCGAUCCCGCAGAUUGCGACAUUUGGAAUGAUCGGAUUCGGAGGUGCAGGCGUCUUCCUAUCACGACCCCUCAUGACCCAACUCACCGCAGUAUACGACCAAUGUUCAGCAAUGGACUUCACCGGUGACCGCCGCAUCGCCAUGUGUGUCUAUUCAUAUACCACAACCCGUCUGACCGUGGACCAUCGUCUGCGCCAGCUGGACCUCAUGCACGAUGCCUCCGGAUUUUUCGAGUCCGGCCGUGAGCCUCCUCUCUCAGUACACCACUGGAAGUCUUGGUUCCAGGCGGACAUGCCAAAACUCUCGGUGGUUGCCGAGCUCUGCGGCGACACCUGCCUUCUCCGCCAAUGGCGCUUCGGCGACGGCUGGAUCAUCACAAACGGGUUCUCGGUCAUCAAGUACCACUACGAUCCUGAAGGCGAAGACCUCGCCAUGGAGCAAACCUGGGACUCGCAUAACGGUGCAAACCUCGAUGCCUACCUACACGAAUUGGGCCCUCUACGUCGCAAAGAUGACGACAAGAAGAGCUACCUGUUGCAAGAUGCCGUGAUUGUGGACCAGCGUGUCACGCAGUGGUACAUCUUGCGCGAUCCGAAGUAUGGCGAUCAAGUCUUGGAACUGACAUGGCGCGCAAGAGGUAAAUAA